GUUUCCCAAGAAGAAGACAUACUCCUGGUGGUGCAUUCUCGGCGAUACCGAGGUCGACGAGCUGGUCUCGAUUAAGAAAGCGCUGAUGCCUACAAGGCAGAGGUUCGAAAAGCGGAUCAGCUUCCAAUUCUGCUCCCCGGCGGACGAGAUUGGGGAGACCUUCACCUUGUCGGUGCUCU